UUACAUAGAGCCCAAAAGGAGUCCAUAGAAGACCUAUUUGCUUAUGUGUUGUUGUCCAAAAGAAAGGUAUAGAAUAUAAGUUAUAAGAAAGGUAGAGAAGAGAAGUUGUUUAGGGAGAAAAGAGAUGGGGAGAUCAAAAAUAAUACUUAAGAAAAUUGAGAAUCCGACUUACAGGCAUAUUACUUUUGCUAAAAGAAAAAGUGGAAUUAUCAAGAAAGCCUACGAACUUUCUACUUUAUGUGAUAUUGAAAUUGCUCUUAUUGUCUUUUCUCCUGCUGGAAAACUCUUUCUCUAUGAAGGAAAGAAGAGGUUGGAAGAAAUCAUUGAUCAUUAUUUUGAUCUCCCCGAUAACCAACGUCAACGGCUGCACAAUGAAGAGUUGAUUAAGCGGAUUGCUCAUCAACUGGGUCUUGAGACAAACAUCUACCAUCACUUGGUCAUGGCUGGUCGCUGCCAUGUAAGAUCUGGAUCUCAAAUGCAGGUGAUUCAAAAUGAAAUUCAAAUAUUCAGUUCUGAAGUGGAAGAUGUUGAGAAACAAAUAAGCCAAUUUUUAAAGAGCCCAAGUAGCAUCGAAACAGUGACUGAGGCUGAACACCAGGAGAACACAUUCAUUGAGACAUUGAAACAUGUCCAGAUCCGAAAGCAACUUUUGGAAGAAAUUGAAAGCUUUCAAUCAGUUCCAGAGCAACCUUUCUAUCCAAUGAAUAUAAAUUCUGAUGGCUUCAUGAUGGGAAGUUCAAGCUAUAAUCCAGUUGAUAGGCCUCUACAGUUUGAUUUUGAUGUUCCGGGGUUCAGUGAAUUCCCACUCUUCAGCAACCAAGAGCAAAAUUUUCCUGAACUACAGCCUCCACUAGCAUUUCUUGAUGGAUAUGGAUUCCCUCUUAACUAUGUCCAGAACAAUGACAACAAUUUUAAUGCCUGUGUUCCUUAUUCUCAUCAAAUGGGGCAAUUUCCUAACAUGAACUUGCCUUCAACUUCAACUUCAACUUCAACAAUCAAUACAAAUGAACAGGGAAGUGCUUCGAAUGCACCGGUGCAGGGACAAGAAGGCGAUCCGGCUACAGGUUUUUACAACCCUGGCUAUGGGAAUUACCCUUUUCGAUUUUGAUUUGAAUCGAAGGAUGAAAAAGGAAAAAGAGAAUCAUAAUCGAAAUUCAAAAUAAAGAUUCAAAUUAAAGAUGAAUCAUUGUGUUUGGUUGCUAAUCAUCUUUCUUUAAUUUUCUAAACUGUACUCAAUUCAAACAUCAUGAGGGUGUGUCUUAAUGAACUCCUUUUAAUAUGGCUUUUGAUGA